UAAUAUUCGGCCAUGUUUAGAAACAACACGAAACUGGAAUCAGUCGUGGAAAAUAUUCAUUUUAACACAAGAUAUUCUCGAUAAAAUUUAACUAGACAGUCAUGCCUCCGAAGAAGAAGGGUAAGAAGAGUGGUAAGAAGAAGAAAAGUGGCAAAAAGAGCGGUCGUAAGUCUGCUGCGUCGGCUCCGUCGGCCGAAAUCCUCACCGAAUUAUCGAAGGAGUAUUUCUUGAUCCAAAUUAGAGACUUAGAGGGUCGUUUAGCGAGGUAUCAAAAGAAAUGCGACGAACUAGAACUGAGGAACGAGGACUACAAGUCCAAUUAUGAACAGCAAACGACAGAUAAGAAAGAAAUCGUGUCGUUUUUGAAGAAGCAGUUGGAACAAAGGGCAGACGAGAUAGCUGACUUACAAGAUAGACUCAUUGGUCUACAACAGGCGAAGGAUGCCGAGAAAGACCAGUUUGAAGUCCAGUUAGCAACUUUACGGACUGAAAUGCAGGAGAUUAAAGAUCAGUUGACUUCUGAGAAUAUGGUAUUAGGUGGGAAAUUAGCUUCGCUCGAAGAAUUUCGUAUACAGAAAGAAGACUUGAUGGCGAAGUUUGCCAAGAUGGAGGAAGAGCUGGAGAAACAGCAAAAGGAUCAUAAGGAAGUUAUUUAUAACCUCGAAAGAAAAGCGGUGGUAGAUAAAGACAGGCUCAAGAAGGAGAUGGUGUUACGACUGAAUCAAGUUGCCGCAGAAUUCAGAAAAGUGUCCAACAAGCAAAUGGCAGAAACCACAAAGAGAACCAUCCGUGAGAAUGUCUCGAUCAAUUCGCAACUAGCUAAGAUGUCAGACAAGACAAUGGAGCUUAUCCAAGAGAAUGAUGAACUGAGAAUGAAGGAAAAGAAACAGAAAUUACAGAUAGAUAUGCUGGAACAUACAGAGAAAGAAUUAGCUAGGAAGAACAGUAGCAACCAAAAGAUUAUCCGUAUGCUAGCAGAGAAGUCAAAGCAACAGGAAGAAUUACUAGCAGAAUAUGAAGAGCAACUGACGCUAAGCAAAGAGGCAGAGAGUGAGAUAAACUUGCUCAAAUCUCAAGUAUACAGCAUUAAAGAGGAAUUAAAGAACCAGUAUGACAAAGCAGAAAGUGUAGAAACAGAGCUAAAGAAAGUAAGAAAGGACCGGGAAAUUGUAAUGCAAACCAAAGAUGAGCUUGUUGGUAUUCUAUCUGACGCUGCUGGUGCUCUUAAGGAUUCCCUGACUAUAGAAGACGAUAGUGGUCUGUAUGGCAAGGUAGACCUUGUAUCCCAAAGGAAUAACCUCAUCAAGACCCUCCUAGACAUACUGGACCAGUCUGCUAAGUAUGGAGUGGGUCCCAAUGCUAAAGAUUUCGUGUCUACCAAGACUUCUAGGACUGCUAGUGCUGACCUGGCAAAACAUAUCAGGAAGAAAGAGCGUGCAACUACUCCAUUGGUAGAACCAGUCAUAGCAGCAGUAAACAAACCACUGGCACAUUACAAGCUAGGUGAUCUAGGAAUUGUUCCCCGGUCAAAGCCAAGGCUAGGAGAAAGACAGGGGUCUGCAUCRCCGCUUCUAGAACCAAUAAAGAGAAUGAAAAGUGUUGGGGUUCAGACUAUCAGUACUCAAAAGGCCAUGUUCUUUGCAGAUCAGCUUUUGUCACGUCACAGUGGCUCCAGUUCAGCGCAUUCCUUCUCUAGACCUGAUUAUCCAGCUUCUACUAUGAGAACAGAAGUCCAGGUUGGACAAGGUGCAGAAAGACCAAAAUUCCUAUAGUGUUUGUAACCUUGAAAAUUAUGGAAAGUGCUUUCCAGCAAUGGACAUCUCUUAAGAAUGCUCUAGAAUUAGGAGUAUCGUACAAGACUGAGUACUGGAAUCAGAGGACACACCCUUACCUCUAAUAUUUUGUUGAUAUGGAGAAAAACUCCCAAAUCUCUUUAUAAAAAAUGUAAAUACAGGAGUUUCCACACGUAAUAGUGCUGGAAAAUGGAUUCUUAUUUUGUAAAUAUGAAAUUGUUAUAAAAAGAAUAAUUGUGUGUUCA